CUUCCUGUUUGGUAACUAAGGACGCGAGACGGUUGCUAGGGCUCCCGUGGCAAUUACCGCCGCGCUGUGCAGGUGCCUGGGCUCGACGCGGGUGCUGUUCACCCGCUGUCCGGGAAGGCGAGUCUCUGCUCUGUUCCUCUUCUAUCCGUUCGCAGUCAUGAGUAGCGAAUUCCUGGCUGAGCUGCGUUGGGAGGAUGGCUUCGCCAUCCCAGUGGCGAACGAGGAGAACAAGGUGCUGGAAGAUCAGUUGUCAAAGCUGAAGAAUGAAAGAGCAAGCUUGCAAGAUCAGUUACGUGAUUAUGAAGAGCGAAUUAAUUCUAUGACUUCUCACUUCAAAAAUGUUAAACAAGAGCUCUCAAUUACACAGUCUUUUUGCAAAGCCAGGGAGCGGGAGACUGAAAGCGAAGAACAUUUUAAGGCCAUUGCGCAAAGAGAACUGGGACGAGUGAAAGAAGAAAUUCAGUGUCUGGAAAAUGAGAUGGCUUCAAUACUGGAAAAGAAAACUGACAAAGAAAAUGGCAUAUUUAAAGCCACUCAAAAACUGGAUGGUUUGAAAUGCCAGAUGAACUGGGACCAGCAGGCACUGGAGGCCUGGUUGGAAGAAUCAGCUCAUAGAGAUAGUGACGCGCUCACGCUUCAGAAGUAUGCACAACAAGAUGAUAAUAAGAUCAGGGCACUGACUCUGCAGUUAGAGAGACUAACUUUGGAACGUAAUCAGAAAAGAAAGAUACUUGACAAUGAACUUACAGAGACUAUAAGUGCACAGUUAGAAUUGGAUAAAGCAGCGCAAGAUUUUCGGAAGAUUCAUGAUGAAAGACAAGAACUCAUUAAACAAUGGGAGAGCACAAUAGAACAGAUGCAGAAGAGGGAUCAAGACAUCGAUAACUGUGCUUUGGAAUUAGCAAGGAUAAAACAGGAAACAAGAGAAAAAGAAAAUUUGGUUAAGGAAAAGAUCAAGUUUUUGGAAAAUGAGAUUGGGAAUAACACAGAGUAUGAGAAAAGAAUUUCUGCGGCUGAUCGUAAUCUCUUAAAAUACAGAACGGCAUAUCAGUACCAUGAAGCCAGCAGAAUUCAGCUGAAGGAUGAGCUGGAUUGUUUAAAAGCCACUGUGAAUAGAACUUCCAGUGAUUUAGAAGCUCUGAGGAAAAAUAUUUCCAAGCUAAAGAAGGAUGUUCAUGAAGAAACAGCAAGGUUACAAAAAACUAAAAAUCAUAAUGAGACAAUAAAAACAAAAUUAAAGGAGAUAACUGAGAAAACCAUGUCUGUAGAAGAGAAAGCUACCAAUCUGGAAGAUAUGCUCAAGGAGGAGGAAAAAGAUGUGAAGGAAGUAGAUGUUCAACUGAACCUCAUAAAAGGUGUGCUGUUUAAGAAAGCUCAGGAGUUACAGACUGAGACAAUGAAAGAAAAAGAGGUUGUAUCAAAAAUUGAAGGAACUCGUUCCUCUCUGAAGCAUCUCAACCAUCAGUUACAAAAACUGGAUUUUGAAACCUUGAAGCAGCAACAAAUUAUGUACAGCCAGGAUUUUCACAUUCAACAAGUGGAACGGAGAAUGUCACGGUUAAAGGGAGAAAUUAAUUCAGAAGAAAAACAAGCCCUUGAAGCAAAAAUUGUUGAACUUAAGAAGUCUUUGGAAGAGAAAAAAUCUACAUGUGGCCUUUUGGAAACACAGAUCAAGAAGCUUCAUAAUGAUCUUUUUUUUAUCAAGAAGUCAAACAGUAAAAGCAGUGAUGAAAAACAGUCCCUUAUGACCAAAAUAAAUGAACUAAACCUUUUCAUAGACAGAUCAGAGAAAGAACUUGAUAAAGCCAAAGCUUUUAAGCAGGAUUUGAUGAUAGAGGACAAUCUUUUAAAACUUGAAGUUAAGCGUACUCGAGAAAUGCUUCACAGUAAGGCAGAAGAAGUUCUUUCCCUGGAAAAAAGAAAACAGCAAUUAUACACCGCUAUGGAAGAGCGAACGGAAGAAAUUAAGGUUCAUAAAACAAUGCUUGCAUCACAAAUAAGAUAUGUUGAUCAAGAACGGGAAAACAUAAGCACUGAGUUUCAUGAGCGGCUAAGUAAAAUUGAUAAGCUGAAGAACAGAUAUGAAAUUCUGACUGUCGCUAUGCUGCCUCCUGAAGGAGAAGAGGAGAAAACACAGGCGUACUAUGUAAUCAAGGCUGCUCAAGAAAAAGAAGAACUUCAAAGGGAAGGUGACUCUCUGGAUGCUAAAAUCAACAAAGCUGAAAAAGAAAUCUACGCUCUAGAAAACACCCUGCAAGUGCUGAACAGCUGUAACAACAAUUACAAGCAAUCUUUAAAAAAAGUGACUCCGUCCAGUGAUGAGUAUGAGCUACAAAUUCAACUAGAAGAACAGAAAAGAGCUGUUGAUGAAAAAUACAGAUACAAACAAAGACAAAUCAGAGAACUUCAAGAAGACAUCCAGAGCAUGGAAAAUACAUUAGAAGUUCUAGAACGUUUAGCAAAUAAUGUCAAAGAAAAAUUAUCAGAGAAGCAGGCUUAUUCAUUUCAACUAAAUAAAGACACGGAGGAGCAGAAGCCAAAAUUAGAAAGAGUGACGAAACAGUGUGCAAAACUCACAAAGGAAAUCCGUCUUUUGAAAGACACAAAAGGUGAAUCACUGGAAGAACAAGAUAUCAAACUUCGUGAACUCAAACACUUUCAAAAGGUUAUUGAUGAAAUGUUAGUUGGUAUCACAGAAGAAAAUGCUGAGAUCCGUAUUAUCCUUCAAACAUACUUUCAACAGAGUGGGUUAGACCUACCUACAGCUAGUACUAAAGGCAGUCACCAGAGUUCUAGAUAUGCUUCACACACUUCACUACCAUCAGCAAGGUCAUCUAGGAGGACAAGUACACCUGCUUCUCAGACUUCAGUUAAAGUAUUAGAGCUUAACUUCCCGGCCUCCUCUUCACUAGCAGGCAGCCCUUCCAGGCCAGCUAGUGCUAGCAGUAGCUCUAGUAAUGGGAAGAGCAAAAAAAGCAGCAAAUAAACACUUUAAUUUCUUCUCAAAAAGUUGUAAACAUAAAAAUAAAAAUAUCAUACUUCAAAAUACAAAAUGAUCCAACACAUUUUAUCUAGUGGAAAGUGUAAAAACUUAUUAAUAGCAGAUUCUUGACAAGGCUACAGGUCAUACAAGCAUAGGGAAAACCCUGUAUUUCCCUAUAACUCUGAUGUGCGUAGUGUUAGAAAAUAGUUUGUUUUAUUAUUUCACAAACUACACUCAUUUCUAAUGUAACAAUCUUUCAGGAAGAAAUUUCUAAAGAUUUAUUCUACUAUUAUGAGCUUAUUACAAUGUUAAAAUCUCACUUACCCCUUAAGACACCAAAAUUAGGUUUUCUUUAUUCAAAGUAACUAUUUCUCAGACUUUUGGGGAGCAAAGUUAUUAAAGGUAGUUUCUUCUUUUGGUAUAAUUUUUAACCAAAAAAUAGCAUGAACCCCCACUCUCCCCCCAAAAAUCCAAUUGAUAAAACACUGUACAUCCAUUUUAAAAUGCAGCUUAAAUUUCUAAAAAUCACUUCAUUCUGACCUUGAAAGAAAUCAAAAGCAUUAAAGAUUUCCUUACAGAUACAGCCAAGUAUAAAAAAUACAUUUUUGAAACGUUCUUAAUAAACAAUUUAAUGAAAACUAGAUAUGAUUUGAUUAAGUUUACAGUUGGAGGUAGACUGCCAAAUUUAGUAGUUUUCCCAGUUAACACUUCAUCGUAACAUGUGCCCAACACUUUGUACUCUUGGAAUAGAAUGUGGAAUAUUAUAAA